UCGCGUCUUCCUUCAAGCUCUGGACGCGAGCAGGAAAGGGUUAGCUCUGUCGAACGCACACAAAGCUCAAUCAACUUUUAAGGGACUUUUGACAGGCAGAGCCCCUUUUCCGCAACACCGCCAGAAUCAAUCAAUAAUCAGAGUUUAAUUCAAUACUCAGCUGCAUUUACAAAAGCAUUUAAGUUAUCGUCGUAAUUUGCAAAAAUUUUAAAGCCAAUCAUCCACAAUGCCAGCCCGUUUCCCAGAAAUUGCCCACAUGGAAUCCCCCCUGAUUCAACCGCCCCCGAUGAACAUCGCGCCUGAAAUCAUGGAGCCCCUGCCGGCCCUGAGCGCACCCUGGCCUCCUGGCGAGGAGGUGGUCAUCUCUGGUCUGUCCGCCCGCCUCCCUGAGUCGGCAAACAUUGACGAGUUCAGGGAACAACUUUUCGCGGGCGUUGAUCUUAUCACUGACGAUGAACGCCGAUGGCCCUCCGGCCUCCACGGUCUGCCAACCAGGACCGGAAAAAUCAAGGAACUGGACAGAUUCGACGCCACUUUCUUCGGCGUUCACGCCAAACAGGCGCACGUCAUGGACCCGCAGCUCAGAAUGCUGCUUGAACUUACACAUGAGGCUAUUGUCGACGCUGGCGUCAACCCCACAUCCGUUCGUGGAUCCCGCACCGGAGUUUUCAUUGGAGUUUCCGCCAGCGAGUCUGACGAGUUUUGGACCUCUGACCCUGACCAGGUCAACGGCUACGGCCUCACCGGCUGCUGCAGGGCCAUGUUCCCCAACCGCAUUUCAUACACAUUUGACUUUUCUGGUCCCAGUUACGCCAUCGACACAGCGUGCUCGUCCUCCCUGUUUGCUCUGCAGCAGGCGGUCAGCGCCAUGCGCACCGGCCAGUGUGACGCCGCCAUCGUCGGUGGAGUCAAUCUGCUGCUGAAGCCCACCUGCUCCCUGCAGUUCCACCGGCUGGGCAUGUUGAGCCCUCAGGGCAUGUGCAAGGCCUUCGAUGCUUCUGGCAACGGUUAUGUGCGCAGUGAGGCUGCCGUGGUCAUCUACCUGCAGAAGGCCAGUGUCUCCAAGAGAGUCUACGCCACUGUUGUCAACGCUCGCACAAACACAGACGGAAAUAAGGAGCAAGGCAUCACUUUCCCAUCGGGAGCCAUGCAGAAAAAACUCAUUUUGGAGACAUACUCUGAGGCCGGAGUUAGUCCCUCCGACGUAGUCUAUGUCGAGGCCCAUGGAACCGGCACCAAAGUUGGCGACCCGCAGGAGGUGAACUCGAUUGCUGACGUUUUCUGCAAGGGCAGAAAUACACCUCUUCUGAUCGGUUCCGUCAAGUCCAACAUGGGACAUUCCGAGCCAGCCUCUGGUCUUUGCUCCAUGGCCAAGGCCCUGAUCGCCAUGGAAACUGGAGUCAUUCCUGCCAACUUGCAUUUCAAGAAUCCCAACAAAGACAUUCCAGCUUUGAAUGACGGAAGACUGAAGGUUGUUAGUGAGAACACAUCAUUCCCUGGUGGCUACGUCGCCAUCAACUCUUUUGGUUUCGGAGGAGCCAACGCUCAUGUGAUCCUGAAGUCCAACCCUAAGCCCAAACCUUCAUCCCCACCCCUGCUCACUAACCCAACUGUUGUGGCUGUGUCUGGACGCACCGAAGAAGCCGUCCAAGAAUUCCUCAAAGAGGUCGACCAAAACCAGACUGACCCCGAGUUCAUUGCUCUGGUCAACGAAAUUCACUCAAAUAAUAUUGCAGGCCACGAAUUCCGUGGCUACACCCUGAUUGGUACCGAGCAAAAAAUGACCGAAGUGAUGCAAUGGAAUGGAGAAAAGAGGCCUGUUUGGUUUGUCUUCUCAGGCAUGGGUUCUCAGUGGGCUGGAAUGGCCCGCGACCUUAUGCAGAUUGAGUCAUUCCAAUCUGGCAUUCGUCGCUGUCACGAAGCUAUGAAGCCCCACGGCCUUGAUUUGAUCGACAUCGUGACAAACGGGGACGACAACACCUUCGAAAAUGUCCUCAACUCAUUUGUGUCAAUUGCCGCAGUUCAGGUUGCUCUUGUCGAUGUCCUGACUGGACUUGGAAUCCACCCUGACGGAAUUCUGGGGCACUCUGUGGGUGAGCUCGGCUGUGCCUACGCCGACGGCACCUUCACUGCCGAGCAGGCCGUACUGGCUGCCUACUGGCGAGGCCGCUGCAUCCUGGAGUCCAAACUGCCCCCUGGAGGAAUGGCUGCUGUGGGCAUGGACUGGGAAACGGUCAAGGCGCGCUGCCCUGCAGGCAUUGUCGCCGCUUGCCACAACUCGGCUGACAGCGUCACCAUUUCCGGCCCUGCCGACCUGAUUAAGACCUUCGUCAAGACCCUGACCGAAGAGGGAAUUUUCGCCAAAGAAGUCAAGAGUGGUGGAGUGGCUUUCCACAGUCGCUACAUCGCCGAGGCUGCCCCUAAGCUGCGCGCUUACUUGGACAAGGUGGUCACCAACCCCAAGAAGAGGAGCGCCCGGUGGAUCAGCUCGUCCAUCCCUGAGGAGUCCUGGGGCUCCGAACUGGCCUUGUACUCCUCAGCCGCUUACCAUGUCAACAAUUUGGUCUCGCCUGUGCUGUUUGCUGAGGCUUUGAGACACGUCCCUGAGAACGCCGUAGUCAUCGAAAUUGCGCCCCACUGUUUGCUACAGGCCGUCCUGAGGCGCUCAUCGCUGCCUCCAAGCUGCCUAAACGUUGGACUCGUCAGGAGAGGUCACUCUGACAACAGGCUCUUCCUGCUCUCCAACAUUGGAAAGCUCUUUGCUGCUGGCCUGCAGCCCAAGAUUGCUCGUCUUUCGCCUGUGAGGCCCAGCUUCCCAGUGUCAAGAGGCACUCGAAUGAUCGCUCCAAUUGUGAAAUGGGACCACAGCCACGAAUGGAAUGUUGCUAACUUUGGAAAGGGAGCUGGACGCUCUGGAGAGUGUGUGGUGGAGGUUGAUCUGUCCAAGGAGGGCGACGCUUUCUAUGCUGGACACUGUAUUGAUGGACGAGUUCUUUUCCCCGCCACUGGCUACUUGACUUUGGUCUGGAAAAUGUUUGCCAAGCUGCAGGGCAAGUCUCCCGAAGACAUUUCCGUUGUUCUUGAAGAUAUCCAGUUCCACCGCGCCACAAUCAUGCCCAAGGAAGGUUCGGUGAAAUUCUUGAUCACCAUUUUUGAGAGCUCCGGCCAGUUUGAGCUGAGCGAAGGCGGCUCUGUUGCCGUUUCAGGCAAAAUCCGCCAGCCUGAGGAGCCCCAGAAGGAAUUUUUGAGCUUGUCCACUCCUGCUGCCAAGCAAGAAAAAGAGCCUCUUCUGCCCCUGAAGACAAACGACAUUUACAAGGAGCUCCGACUGCGCGGCUACGACUACUCUGGAAUCUUCCAGGGCAUCAUUUCUGCCGAGAACCGCGGCGUGACCGGCCAAUUGGCGUGGGCCGAAAACUGGAUCAGCUUCAUGGACUGCAUGUUGCAGUUCUCCAUCCUCGGCCAGAACACCCGAGAGCUUUAUCUGCCCACUCGUCUGCAGAGGGCCUUCAUCGACCCCGCCAAGCACCAGCAAGCGUUGGCCCAGGCUGGCGGUAAGGGCGUCCCUGUCACCAUGUUCAGAGACGUCAACAUCCUGCAAUGCGGAGGUGUUGAAAUGAGAGGCCUUAAGGCCAGCUUGGCCCCUCGGCGCAUGCAGCCUGGAAACGAGCCGUCCCUUGAAAAGUACGUCUUCUCCCCUUACGAGAGCUCCAAUGAGCAGAACAAGUCGGCGGCUAUGCAAAUUUGCGUGCACGUCGCCCUUGAAAACACCCCGGCCAUGAAGAUCAAGGCCUUGGAAAUCGUCCCCUCCAAUGACACUGAAGAUCUGCUCGCUACAGAGAUUGUCAACGUUGUGGAAAAGGAGCCCAUGAUGCAUAUGGACAUGGCGCUGAAUGGAGCUGAUGUCCCUGCUGAGCUGGAGCCUUUCGGUGUUAAGUCGACUGACAAAAUCCCUGCUGAUAGCACGCUGCACAUGAUUGUGUCGAGGAACGUCCUCUUGGGCGCUCCAGCUCAGCUUCCCAUCUUGGCUGGUGCCAUCAAGGCUGGCGGUUUUGUCAUCCUCCGUGAAGACAAGGCCGUCGACAAUCAGAAACUCUCCCUCAUUGAAAAGGCCGGACUCCAAUUCAUCGCCACUCAGUCAGGCAGCAAGGGAUUUAUUGUCCUCCUGCGCAAACCUCUUGAGGUCACUGAUAUUCCUGCCCUGGUUGUGAGGGCCAAUGGAACAAAAUUCGAGUGGGUUGAGCAGCUGAAGAAUGCUCUCCUUUCAAGCGAAAAGGAGGGAAGAAAGGUCUUUGUCGUCAGUGAAGGCGAAGAGAUUAGCGGCGUUGUCGGAAUGAUCAACUGCUUGAAACAGGAGCCUGGUGGCGUCAACCUUAGGUGCAUUUUUGUGCCGACGGCUGGAGCACUUCCCAAAUUCCAAAGCCCUGCCGACGCCAAGUACGCUCCUCAAUUGCAAAAAGACUUGCUGAUGAACGUUUACAAAAACGGCACUUGGGGCAGCUACAGGCAUUUGCCAUUGACCACCAAUGGAGCAACCCUGAGUGUUGAGCACGCCUACAUCAAUGCCAUGACUAGAGGUGACUUGGCCAGCCUGAAAUGGAUUGAAGGACCUCUCACCUUCUACAAACCUGAAAGUCAUCCAAACUCGGAGCUGUGUACAGUUUAUUACGCUCCCCUGAACUUCCGCGACAUCAUGUUGGCCAGUGGAAAGCUGCCCCCUGACGCACUCCCUGGCGAUCUUGCAGGUCAAGAUUGUAUUUUGGGACUUGAGUUCUCUGGUCGAGGCGCUGACGGCCGUAAAGUGAUGGGCAUGGUGCCUGCGAGGAGCUUGGCCACCACCGUCCUGGCCGACCCUGGUUUCCUGUGGGAGGUACCUGAGAGCUGGACCCUUGAAGACGCCGCAACUGUCCCAGUUGUUUACGCUACCAGCUACUAUGCUUUGGUUGUGCGCGGCCGCAUGCAACCCGGCGAAACCGUUCUCAUCCAUGCUGGUACUGGCGGUGUUGGACAGGCAGCAAUUUCAAUCGCUCUUAGCAUGGGCUGCAAAGUUUUCACCACUGUCGGAAGUCUUGAAAAACGCCAAUUCCUUUUGAGACGCUUCCCUCAGCUCACUGACGCUAACAUUGCCAACUCUCGAGAUACCUCAUUUGAGCAGCAUGUAAUGUCAGCCACUGGUGGUCGUGGUGUUGACCUUGUCCUCAACUCGCUGGCUGAGGAAAAACUCCAGGCUUCUGUUCGCUGCCUUGCUUACGGAGCCAGAUUCCUUGAAAUCGGAAAGCUCGAUUUCUCCAACAACAAUCCUUUAGGAAUGGCAUUCUUCCUGAAAAACACCACUUUCCACGGCAUCUUGCUGGACGCACUGUUCGACGCCAGUGAUGCUGAGAAGAAGCAAUUGGUCACCCUCCUCUCCGAGGGUAUCAAGUCCGGCGCUGUGAGGCCUCUGCCCGCCACCGUCUAUUCCGAGAGCCAGGCUGAGCAGGCUUUCCGCUUCAUGGGCUCUGGCAAGCACAUUGGCAAGGUCCUUUUGAAAAUCAGAGAUGAAGAAAAAACCACCAAAAUCAAGCCUGCCACCAAGCUGGUCAACGCCAUCCCCAGGUCAUACAUGAACCCUGACAAGAGCUAUUUGCUUGUUGGUGGUCUCGGAGGCUUUGGUCUUGAACUCGCAAACUGGCUCGUCUACAGAGGCGCAAAGAACAUCAUUUUGACGUCUCGCAGUGGAAUCAGGAGCGGCUACCAGUCUCUGUGUGUCCGCCGCUGGAGGGAUUCCGGCGUGAAUGUGAUCGUUUCCACCACUGACUGCAGCACUGCCGAAGGAGCAGUCAAAUUGCUCAAGGAGGCAUCGGGACUCGGCCCUAUUGGAGGCAUCUUUAACUUAGCAGCUGUUCUGCGUGAUGCUUUUAUGGAAAAUCAAUCAUCCGAAGAGUACACCGCAGUCUUCAACCCCAAGGCAGCCACAACCAUCCACCUGGACACUGCUUCUCGCAAAAUGUGCCCAGAGCUCGACUAUUUCGUUGCUUUCUCAAGUGUCAGCUGCGGCCGUGGCAACGCUGGUCAAAGCAACUACGGUCUGGCCAACUCUGUCCUGGAGCGCGUCUGCGAACUGAGACAACAGAGUGGCCUGCCUGGUUUGGCCAUCCAGUGGGGAGCCAUCGGUGACGUUGGCCUCAUCAUGGAUGCUAUGGGUGGCAAUAACGAGAGCGAAGUUGGAGGCACCAAGCCUCAGAGGUUGGUGUCCUGUCUGCAGGCCUUUGACCUCUUCCUUCAACAGCCCGAGCCUGUCCUUGCCAGCUUGCUUUUGGCCGACAAGAGAGGAAACGCUGCUGGCAGCUCUGGAGUUUCCCUCGUCCAAGCUGUUGCCAAUAUUCUUGGCAUCAAAGACCCAAGCACUGUGAGUCAAUCUGCCAGUCUGGCUGAUCUUGGAAUGGACUCGCUCAUGGGAGCCGAAAUCAAGCAGACUCUGGAACGCGGUUACGACCUGGUGCUCAGCGCCCAAGACAUCAGAGGUCUCAAUUUCUCAAAACUGAACGCUCUCCAAAAUCCAGGAAGUGCUGAAGCCGCAGUUCCUGCCGUACCCUCACCUAAAGCCGUUCCCAACAACAAGGCUGCUACUAAUGGAAAUCACGCGCCUGCCAAUAACGGAGACGUUCAGGUCCAGUUUGACAUGACGCAGAUCAUGCCUAAAGAAGUGCUGAUCAAGAUCCCCAGCAAGUCGAAAGACAAUAAGGGGCAGCCCCUGUUCAUCGUGCACCCAAUCGAGGGUGUUGUGAGCGCUUUGCAGCCCCUUGCUUCGAAACUUAACGUCCCAGUGUGGGGACUUCAAUGUACAGCGGACGCACCUCUUACUUCCAUCCCUGAUCUUGCCACAUAUUACAACAAAGUCAUCAAGAAAAUUAGUCCCAAGGGACCUUACUCCUUGGCUGGCUACUCUUUUGGUGCCUGCGUUGCUUUUGAAAUGGGAGUGCAACUGGAAAAGGCUGGAGAAAAGGUCAAACUGGCCCUUCUUGACGGCUCCCCCUCAUACGUGGCAGCUCACACCGGCACCUACAAGGCUAGACAGGCCCGCUCCACUUCACCUCAAAGAACGGAAAGCCAGGAAUCAGAAGCUCUCAUCUACUUCAUGUCUCAAUUUAAGGAAUUUGACCCACUGAAGGUCAAAGAGGAUCUUGUUGCUCUACCAACCUUGGAGGCGCGACUUGCUAGGGUUGCUACCAUGAUUGCAGGAAAUAAGGGAAACAAAGUGGUGUCGGAAAUCAGUCAAGCGGCUGAAUCUUUCUACAAAAAACUUGUCGUAGCCGACACAUACAAGCCAACAGGCAAAUUUGGAGGAGAGACGACACUCCUCAGAGUUGACGGAAAUUAUCUCUCAAUGUCUGAAGACUAUGGACUUUCAACUGUGUGCAAACAAAAGGUGGUGGUUCACACAAUCAAGGGCAACCACAGAGAUCUGGUCCAGGGUAGUUCGACAACAACAGCAGAGUACAUUAACAAUAUGCUGACUAAUAUCUAAUCUUUCUAUCUAUUGGUGUUGAAAAAAAUCACUAUCAGCAAAUUUCUCAGUAGUUUAAAAAAAAGUACCAUACAUUCAAAAAUGUCAAUCCUAUUUAUUUUAAUGUAUUUUGUAAAUAUCGCAGAAAGUUUGACAAUAUUUUGUGUUAUAAUUAAUUUUAAGUCCCUUAAAACUGUGCAAAUAAAAGAGUUGAUUGAGUAAAAAUA